CAGAGAUUUGCGAAGGUCAAGGAGGAAAUUUCUGCUUUACGUGUCUUUUAGGUUUUGGUUUCUCCAGAAAAAUGACGAAAUGAAGAUGACAUGGCCAUGUUAGAAUCGAUAAUCGGUGAUGACCAGUUUUGAGGUUUUAAAGAGUCUGAAACUUAAGAUAUCAAACUUAGACAUCUCUGUAUAAAAUGACCCUGAUAGAAGGUAUAGGAGAUGAAGUGACACUUCUGUUUGCUGUAGGAGUAAUUAUCUUCAUCAUCAUCCUAGCAUGGAUUUCAACCAACAUUCAGGAAAUUCCAUUCUUCAGCGUCAUAAUUGUAGAACUGACCCAGCGCAGACGUCAACGUGCAAAUCUUGGGGCUGAUAAUGAAGCAACUAGUUCACUUGCAGAUAAUCCUUCGUCAGAUUCGACAAAUAUUAAUUCUUCAACUGAGGGGUCUUCAGAAUCGGACGAAGUUCAGACAGAAGAAAAUCCUGUGACAGAAUCUGUGUCCUCUUCAAGUGAUGGAGUUGGGCAAAAAUCAAAUGUCACAGAGGAAACCGAGGUCGAAACAACUGUACGCUUUGUUAAUGUUUUAGAUAAUAAUGGGAUUCAGGAUUCAGUUUUGCAUGGUAUCCGUGGUCAACAUAGAAGAGAGGAGGGAGGGGAUGUUGAAAAUGAGCCAGUUCCAAAUAUUCAAGAAAAUAUUGUUGAUCUGGAACAAAAUUUAAAUGCUAGUCAAAAUGAAAGUCAAAUUAUUUCUGAUAUACGGGAGGACAGUUUGUCUGAAACUGAACUGCGUAGGAGAAGAGUUGCUUUCUUCGAUCAGAAGAGAAACAGUAAUGUAUCUGAAACAAGGGCAGGUUACUCUAGUGAUAUUAAUCUAACUGGUGGAGACCCAAUCACGUCCAACUCGUCCGGUGAACAGGAAUCGGCUUCAACUGUUUGUGAUAAAACUAGCUGUGAUAGUGCACCUUCCAUAUCCCAGGAAAAAACCCCUACUGAAGAACAGACUGGUGAUGUUAGCCAAUCAGAGGAGACCUUACGUACAUAUACCCAAUCAGAGGAGAGCUUACACAGUCAAUCAGAAGAGGUACAUGAGGCUACCCUUGGGGAAGAAGUGAGUGAUGGAGAUGGAAGAAUAAGGAUUCGACUAAAAUACCUGAACGACACGCAAAGGAAUGUUGUUGCAUCACGUACGGAUACUGUUGGACAGUUUCGAAGAGUAAAUUUUGCAACAGAACUUCAGGAUAACAAAGUUGUGCGUUUCAUUUUCAACGGAAGAGACCUCCGCAGUGAUACAAUGACCUUGGAUUCUUACAACGUAGUAGACAAUAGCGUACUCCACUGUUUGAUAACGCAAAUGAACCGCGAAGCCCCGCCCCCUCGUGUAGACACUGAAGGCGGAUUUGACAUGGGAACGAUAAUGCUACCCUUAUUUGGUGUGAUCCUGUGCAUCAUGUGGUACCUGCGCUUUGAAUAUAGACCGUUCUUCUCCGCUACGUCAACCAUAUCCUUGUUUGGAAUAACCUCCCUUUAUGUUGCUGCUGUCCUCGCAUCGUGGGAAAGCCAUCGUCGUGGUAAUGUGCAUGACCAUAUAGACUAAUAAUAAAUAACUUGAGCUGUUUGUGUUGUAGAAUAUUGUUAAUUCCAGUUCUGAUCCAAAAUCACAACUUUGGCCAAAAAGGUUUGAAUGCCAGUAUAAUAUCCAACUGUCCUUUAAAACAUCAUUAUAAUUAGCAUUAGGCUAAUGAAAAGGACAAUGGAGGUCAUGAACCCUGUUUUAUAGAAGUAAUAAGAGACUAAUUAAUGCAAGAUAGAUCAUUUCACUUAGUUUGAAACAUACUAAGGGUUUUAUUCAUUUUUAAACCUAGCCACAUCAGGAAGAAAAUCUCAAGUACAGAAACCGUUCAGGAUUUUGUUUUUGUCAAAAUCUUCAUUGUAGAGCGAAAUGAUUAAUUGUAGUGGUUGUGUGUGUUAAUAUUUAUGGUCAGGAUUUGGAAAAUAUUUUUCUAUUUUGGUCACAUUCUCGAAAUAUCAGGAAUGCCUUUAUGUUUGGAUGACAAAAUUGUUUUCCUAAUAAACUUUAUCCUACUUCGACCUGGAUCGCCAGGUCAAACCAAUUA